AUGAUUGGAGAGUUGAAGAGAUACAAAUUCGAACUUGCUUACUCUGAAACUCUUGAUUUUUGCGCUCCUGGUAUAUUUGAGAUACUUAACAUAAAGAAUAUUGUACUUCUAUCGGCAUCAGGAGCAGUGCCGCGCAUGUAUGAAGUGGCUGGACUAAGCGACAUUCCCAGUUUUAUUCCAGGUUUUGUAACCCCAUUUUCGGAUGAUAUGACUUUUAUGGAAAGAUUAACGAAUUUCAAAUUAAACAUCCAAUUUAAGCAUCUGAACAACAAAUGGGACACGAGAUUCGAGAAAUUGUUCAACUCGAAGUUCCCUGCGUUUCCUACAUUGCAAGAAAUCUAUUUUAAGAAGACAGCGUUGAUUAUGAUUAAUGUCCACGAAUUUGCCGAAACUCCUCGUCCUAGAUCGAACAUGAUUAGAUACAUUGGGGGAUCAGCUUUGGCUCAACCAAAACCUUUGGAAAAAGAAUUGGAUAAUUUGCUGAAUAAACGGAAUAAAACCGUCUUAUUCUCAAUGGGAUCUGUAGCGCGAUCAAUGGAUAUGCCAGUGUGGAUGAAGAAUGAUAUCAUAGAGACAUUCGACUCAUUUCCUGAGGUAACAUUUAUUUGGAAGUACGAAGGUGACGAUAUCGGUUUCAAAUCUCAUCCAAAUAUCUACCCACUAAAAUGGAUCCCACAAAUUGAUCUUUUAGCAGACAAACGACUUUCUCUUUUUGUCACACAUGGUGGGAUGAAUUCACUUUUGGAAGCGAUGUUUCAUGGAAAACCGGUAAUUGUGGUGCCAUUAUUUGGUGAUCAGCAAUAUAACUCAAAGAUUAUCCAAAAAAGAGGUAUUGGAAUUAUUGUCGAGAAAAACAAGCUCAAUAAGGAAACGUUAACGGAAGCGAUACAGAGAAUGCUAGAUAAUAAAAAAAUCACACGAGAAGCAGCUUUUGUUGCAACGAUGCUUAAAGGACGACCUCAGCAGUAUCGUGAAGAUAUCGCCAAAUGGGCGAAGUUUAUCAUUGAACACGGCAGAAUGGAUCACUUGAUUUUGCAUUCACGGAACAUGAGCUUCAUACAGUACUACUGCUUAGACGUCUUAGCUUUGCUCGCCACA